CCUUGUUCCCUUCCAUAAUUCCGGGCUACCUUUAGUAAACGCGAGAAACGUGGGAACCAACCAACAAGCUUGCCAUCAUUAAUUCACUUCAAUCCUCAUGCACUUUAUAAAUUAAGAGACCUUCGCUAUGAUCUUCAGUCGAUCAGCAAUGGAGUUUGAAGAUUUCAUCCUGAUAGUGGCAUGUUUUUUAGGCUUCAUCUCUCUCUGCAAAACCGUCACCCGAUUUCUGAAAUGGGUCUGGGUUUCGUUCUUCAGGCCUGCAAAGAAUCUCAACGAGUAUGGCUCUUGGGCUCUCGUAACUGGUUCCACCGAUGGAAUCGGCAAAGCCCUUGCCUUUGAGUUAGCUUCAAAGGGCAUUAACCUAGUCUUAGUUGGUCGCAACCCUUCAAAACUCGAAGCUACGUCGAAUGAAAUAAGGGAGAGGUUUGCAAGAAAAGUAGACGUGAAAGAUAUUGUUAUAGACUUGGCAAAAUUUAGUGGGGAAGAGAUAUCAAACAUGGUGGAGGAAGGGAUUAAAGGAUUAGAUGUUGGAAUUUUGAUAAAUAAUGCUGGGAUGGGACCUCCGUAUCCGAUGUUUAUUCAUGAGGUUGAGUCUGAGGUUUUGGAGAGCUUUAUGAGGGUUAAUAUGGAUGCUGCAACUUGGGUGACGAGAGCUGUGCUUCCGGGCAUGCUGCAGAAGAAGAAAGGAGCCAUUGUCAACAUUGGUUCUGGUUCCUCCAUGGCCGUUCCUGCUUUCCCUUUAUGCACUCUUUAUGCUUCCUCAAAAGCGUAUCUGGCGAUGUUCUCGAGAUGCAUCAGUUUGGAAUACGAGGAACACGGAAUAGAUGUUCAGUGCCAGGUUCCACUAUUUGUGGCAACAAAGAUGAUAAGAGGUUUCAACACAGCUUCUUUAUUCACUCCCUCACCAGAAAUGUACAGCAAAGCAAGCAUCCGAUGCAUCGGUUAUGAACAUAUUUGCACACCAUACUGGUUGCAUUCUGUACAGUGGUUCUUAAUACAAAGAUUGCCAGAUGCAUUAUUAAAUUGGUACCUGUUCAAGUUAUUCCUUAAAAUGCGCAAAAGAAGAAUGGAGAAGUACAAGGUUUCGAGUGUCAUCCACUGAGAAUAUUCUGGGCAAUGGAGUUGUUGUUUGAUGAUCAGGAAGCACUAUAUAUAUUGUAUGUUAGUUAUCUACGAAUAUUUCCUACCAGUAUAUUUCCAUGAUUUCGUGUAUUUAAUGAAGAAUAUUGCCAUUUUAUAAAAUAUUCUUAGGAAAAAAUAUGUUGCCAUUAAGCUUUGAUUGAAUUUGUAUUUAU